AUGGCGCACCGCUUCGUCAUCACCGCGUUCUUGACCGGCUCUCGUAUCCUCGGCCGGUCUUUCAUGGCCGCGUACAAGCAGGCCCAAGCCUCGUCACAAUACCAACGCGCCCAGGGCAAAGCCGGCGGCGUCGGAGCUUCGGGCCGAGCCUCGCUGUCAUCCGGCAUGACCCUCGACGAGGCGUGCCGCAUUCUCAACGUCAAGCCUCCUGCCAACGGGCAAGCCAACAUCGAGGAGGUCCUGGAGCGGUACAAGCGGCUCUUCGACGCGAACGACCCGCAAAAGGGCGGCAGCUUCUACCUCCAGAGCAAAAUCGUACGGGCCAAGGAGCGGUUCGAGAGUGAGCUCGGUCCGAUACGGGAAAAGAUGGAGACCGAGGCCGAGACGACGGAGGGCUGGAAGCCCAAGGUCUACAAGGAUCGGUAG